AUGUCUGGCCAAGUGCAUCCCCCCUUGCCUCAAGGCGCCGGCUACGGCGUCGUCGUCGGGUUCGGUGUCGCUUUCGCCCUAGGUAUGAUCUGGGUUACCAAGGCCUUAAAGAAGUCGUUCAAUGAAGACAACAAAUCCACCGAAACAUUCAUGGUCGCCAAUCGUACCGUCGGCACUGGUCUGACGGCAUCGGCGGUGAUAUCCUCCUGGCUCUACAGCACCGCCCUCCUUGGAGCCUCGCUACUGACCUAUAGGUACGGUCUGGCGCUUGGUGUGUGGUGGGGGGCAUCGGCCAGCACAAUGGUGUGCUUCUUGUCCCUCCUCGCCAUCGAGGCCAAGCGCCGGGCGCCCAACGCGCACACCCUGCUGGAACUGAUUAGGGUGCGGUACGGGACCUUCGCCCACCUGCUCUGGAUCGUGUUCUGUCUCCUGACCAACGUCCUGAACUUCACGGGCAUGCUACUGGGGGCCAGCGCUGCUGUCACAUCUCUGACCGGGAUGGACGUCAUUGCCAGCACUUAUCUCCUGCCACUCGGUGUGGGCGUUUAUACAUACUUUGGCGGGCUCCGAGCCACAUUCCUCACCGAUUUCUUGCAUACUUUUAUAAUCAUGAUCAUUCUGGUCUGGCUGAUGAUCAAGAUUCUCGUAGCUAAGGAGAUUGGGUCGAUUGGGGCUCUAUACGACGCAGUGGUCGCGGCCGACAAGAUCCGCCCAGUGGCGGGCAACUUUGAGGGCUCACACCUGACCAUGCGGAGUGAGCAAUGCCUGUACUUCGGCAUCCUUCACGUCAUAUCGAAUUUCGGCGCUGUCAUCAUGGAUACUGGGUUCUGGCAAAAAGGAUUCUCUGCGGAUGUUGCCGCCGCUGUCCCUGGCUAUGUCCUAGGGGGCGUCGCGUCUUUCUCGGUCCCGUGGACCGUGGGAACCUUCGGCGGCCUCGCCGCUGUUGCCCUCGAAUCAACCCCUGCUUUUCCCACGUACCCUAGGUUGAUGACCACGGAGGAGGUCAGCUCGGGGCUAGUCUUGCCGUACGUUGUGCAGGCGGUUACUGGAGCCGGCGGUGCUGGAGCGUUACUGAUCACAAUAUUCAUGGCUUGCACCUCUGUCGCGUCAGCCCACAUGAUAGCUAUCAGCUCUAUCAUAUCGUUCGAUAUCUACGGGACGUACAUCAACGAGAAAGCUACCGACAAGCAGCUGAUUAGGUGGUCGCACAUCGGCGUCGUCGUCACGUCUCUCGUAAUCCCCUCGCUAGCGACGGCCUUCGAUCAGGGCGGCGUUGACAUGACCUGGCUGCUCUACGUGGUCGGCAACAUCACGAAUCCGGGAUGUUUCCCAACCAUAUUUGCCCUCCUAUGGAAGGGGCAGACCAAGGCCGCCGCAAUCACGGCGCCCAUCGUCGGCGUCUGCUGUGCGGUCUCCGUCUGGCUCGGCACCGCGUAUGCCUACUUUGGCGAGAUCUCCAUCGCGUCUACCGGUAGCACGAUGCCGUCCCUCUUCGGGUGUGUCACCGCCUUCUUCGUCCCCUUGCCUGUGUCGUUGCUCGUGUCGUUGGCCCGGCCGAGUUCUUUCGAAUGGUCCGUGUUCAGACGGCAGAUUAAGAAGGUCCGCCAGUCGGAGGGAGAAAAAGCAGAGAACCAGGAGGACCCGGAGUCGUGGUUCACCCCGGAGAGGAAGCAAUACAUGAAGAAGAUGACCAGAUGGGCCAUAUUCUGGACCAUAUUCACACUCCUGGGGCAUUUCUUCCUUUGGCCAUUCGCUAUGUACGGUGCGAAGAUGGUUUUCUCAAAAAGCUUAUUUACAGCAUGGAUCGUGGUCUCCCUCAUUUACCUCUUCUUCACGCUUUUAGUCAGCAACAUAUAUCCCCUAUACGAUGGCGGUAUCCGGAAAAUAUGGACAGUCGUUACCGGGAGGGCGUCUCGUAAAGGCGAAACCAGUAUCGAGGGGCAACUGGAAGCAUCGGAUGGAUCCUCUGACACCCCGCCGGCAAAGCAGGCGAGUGUCGAGACGAAGGUGCUCGAGGCCUGA